AUGGAUCCUAGAUUAUUUGAUGCUGCUUUCACUGGAAAUGUGAAUGCCUUACUAGAAUUACUUCAACAAGAUCCUCUCAUUCUCCAUAAUGUGACAGUCACUACAUCCAUCACACCUUUGCACAUUGCUGCACUCCUCGGUCAUGCCCAGUUUGCCAUGGCGGUGAUGCAAUAUUGUCCUCGAUUUGCCACAGAAGUUAACCAGCAAGGUCUUACUCCCAUUCACUUGGCCUCGGCAAACGGUCACUGGGAGAUUGUGCGGGAUAUGUUGGCUUGCAAACCUGAUCUUGCUUUCAUUAAAGACAAAGAUGGAAAGAAUUUCCUCCACACUGCUGCCACUAGAGGAAGAAUUCAAGUGUUGAGAGAGGUAUUUUCAACUGAAUCAGCAAAAGAGCUUACAUCGAAUGGUGAGACUAUUCUACAUCUUGCUGUUAAACAUAAUCAAUACCAGGCACUAGAGACUUCAAUUCAGCUUGUUAAUCAACACCAAAUUGGAAACGAGCUUUUCAAUGCCAAGGAUAAGGACGGCAACACCAUCCUCCACCUUGCUUGUGCCAAAAAAGAACCACUGAUGGUGAAACUUCUAGUAUCAGAUCAGACUAAUUUGGAUUUGGAUGUGAAUGUGGGCAAUUCAGAAGGACUUACUCCUCUAGAUAUCGUGGAGAGAUCGAUGAUAAGUUCCAAUGAAGAUCAACAAAUACAAGAAAUACUUAAACAAGCUGGAGCAGUGCUGUCAGGAAGGGUACGAGAAAAAGACUCGAGACAUUCAACAGGAAAAGAUAUUCUGGAUCCAGUAAAAAAUGGUAUGGGUAUUCUGGCAGCUCUGUUUGGCACAGCAUGUUUCCAAUUAGGAAUGAAUCCUCCAGGAGGUGUUUGGAGUGAAUGGGCCACUGGCACCAACCCCAAUAGUACUUUUCAUGCAGCCUCAGUUGACAAUAACAACAGUACUUAUAUGGAUUUCUGGUUUCCGAAAGUGUCAAUAUUGCCAAUGUUUGUAGGUCCUUCCCAUUUGAAAGUCAGUGAUGCUUAUCAACACAAACCUGGACUAUCAAUAAGUUGGGAAGUUCAAUAUAGGCAUUUCCUUCAAUUUAACCUAUAUAAUGCAAUUUGCUUUUUCUUGUCGAUGUGGAUCAUUAUGCUUUUAUCAUCAAGUGCUACUUUCAGGAAGAAUGCUCUGUCUUCCGUCAAAAUGCUGUCGACCAUAAUGUGCUUUCUGUUAGUCUUUGCUAUGAUGGAGUUUGUAGUAGGGAUGGCUCUAGUUACAAAUGAUGCGGUGGCUGGAAAUAUCGCGUUUCAAGCUUUGAUUGUUGCUUACGGCGUUCUAAUUGCUGGAAUUGCGGUUUUAAUUAGAAGGACGAGGGCAGAGAUACAUACAUCCUUUUUCAAUGAAAAUAAGAUUGAUAAAAAGGAGAAUUGUGAGUGA